AUGGAUAAAACGUUUGAACAACUUCAAAACCAGACGAUGCGAGUACUGAUUCGGUUCUAUGAAAGCCAACCAGAAUUUCGCUUUGCCGAAUUUGACAGUCUGAUUCAUCUCUUUAACGUCCGUUGUGUUUAUGAUGCAAGUACGAUAUGUAAUGUCUAUUUAUAUGCGGACUUUGAUUCCCUUGAAGAUAUUAAGAAGGUUUGUUCCCGCUCUGUACUGAUAGAAACAGUUUAUGAAAUAUGGGGAGAGGCGAAGACGUAUGAAGAAUUGGUUCCGAUAGUCUAUUCCAAGGCAGAUGAAUUGAUACCCAUCUAUAAAGGAAAGACCUUCAAGUUGAAAGUGACAUGUUUUGGCAAGAAUUAUAGAAUUCCUGAACAAGUGAAGAUCUUUGACAAAUUUAAAGAUUUUAAGCUGUACGAUUAUCUUGGAGCUGUCGAUUUGAAGAAUCCUGACUUGAACAUUUCGAUCAUGGAAAAUAUCGGGCACUUAAAGAAGACCUCUGAUGUCCCACAGAACAUUUAUUAUGGAAUUGAGUUGUGUUAUGGAAAUAGAAAAUUAAUGACACACUUCAGUCUUAAGGUCCGUCCAUAUAUUGGGACUACUUCUAUGGACCCUGAAUUGUGUUGUUUAAUGUCCAACUUUGGGUGUUGUCGGGAAGGGAGUGUGAUGUGUGAUCCAUUUGCAGGGACUGGGUCAACCCUAGUUACUUCUGCGUACUUUGGGUCGUAUGUUCUUGGGUUAGACAUCUCUAAUGUGACUCUACGAGGUAAAGAGUAUUAUCAAAACAUGACAAAGAAGACAACGAAACCAAUUGUGGAUGUCACAACUAACAUCAAUUAUUACAAAUUGAACGACAAAUUUUUAGGGUUGGUGACUAAUGACUUCGCAAUGAGCUCAUUAAAGGUACGUCCAAUGUUCGACUGUAUCGUCACAGACCCACCUUAUGGUAUCAGAGAAGGCGCUCGAAAAGUCGGGAAACGACACCCAGAUAUGGAACCACGUCCUGUUAUUUGGGGUGAGGAUUAUCACCAACAUAUCCCACAAAGAAUUAAAUAUGGCGUCGACCAGAUAUUACACGACUUAUUCAGAUUCGCCGCAGAAAACUUGGUUGUUGGGGGGAGACUUGUAUUUUGGUUCCCUGUCAUUUUCCCACAAGACCAUGGUAAAUUGUUCCCAGAGAUGGUUAUGGGUUGUUUAAAAAGAGAAUCUAACUGUUUACAAGUCCUGUGCAACUCUUGGGGAAGAAGACUCAUCACCUUAACUAAAGUAGCAGAGUUUAAAGGAGAGAUGGACGAACCAACUGAAUGGGAAAAAGGGCUCGAUACAUUCAGAGAGACUGUGAUGAACACAGAGAAGACUAAAUAA